AUGGAGGUGGGCAAUGGAACAUUCAUCACUGAGUUUGUUCUUCUGGGAUUUCCUGAACUUCACAGAAUAAGGAUGGCAUUUUUUGCUCUUGUUCUUCUGAUGUACCUCAUUUCAGUUUUGGGCAACUGUUUAAUCAUCACGGUAGUCUUGAUGGAACCCAAACUCCACAUGCCCAUGUAUUUCUUCCUCAGCAACUUUUCCUUGGGUGAACUCUGGACCACCACAGUAGUGGUGCCGAAGAUGCUAACCAACAUUGCCUUGGACCAAAACACCAUCUGCUUCACAUGCUGUAUGGCACAGAUCUAUAUUGCUUUUUCAGUGGGAGCCACACAGUUCUUCAACCUCACUGUCAUAACGUUUGACCGCUACACAGCCAUCUGCAAACCUUUUCUAUAUAAUGCCAAGAUGACAAAUAGAUUCUGCUUGUCUCUUUCAUUGCUGACUUGGUUCGGCGGGUUUACAAUUAACUUUUUUCAGGCUAUUGUUGUUUGGGCUUAUCCAUUCUGUAGGCACAAUGUCAUUGAUCACUUCUUCUGUGAUGCUGGACCUGUUUUUAAACUAGCUUGUGCUGACACAACUUUGAUGGAGCUCAUUGGUGUCAUUUAUGGGGCCAUUGUUAUGUGGGGUUCAUUUUUCUUCACACUGGUUUCUUAUGCCUGCAUUAUAGCCACCAUAGUCCGGAUCCCAUCUGCCAGUGGGCAAUCAAAAGCCUUUUCCACAUGCUCUUCCCAUCUCACUGUUGUCGGCAUCCUCUAUGGGGCAUCACUUUUUAUGUACCUCCGACCAUCAACCCAAGGUGACACCCGAAUCAACAAAGUGUUGUACUUUGUUACCAUAGUGGUUAUGCCCACCAUAACCCCUUUUAUCUUCACAAUCAGGAACAAAGACUUCAAAACAGCUGCAAAUAAAUUACUGAGUGCAAUGAGCCAAAUCCCUUCGUUUGCUUUUGUGAAGAUAAUGAAGCAACAGAAGCCUUUGAAGAAAAUGUAUCCCAUGUUCUCAAGAACUGUGACAUAA